AUGAGAAAUUCUUCAGAAACACCUUCUCCAUCCUCAUACAAAGCCAGAUCCAAAAAGCCCCUACUUCGAAGCUCCAAAGCUCUAUUCAAAGAUCCCAUCGAUGAACUAAGCACCAAGACUCCAGAGAAACUCCCUCAGCGCACUCGCAACCGCGGCGUUGCGCUUUCUUUAUCGGAUAUUAGAAAAGUCACUAAGGGUCUUCAUGAUCAGAAACAGCCCCAUGAAACGAUGCCGUCUAAGGGGAGAACCGCUAGAAGGCUAAUCUCACCGGCUUCCCCGCGAAAGAGCAGUAAAUCAGCUGAUGGUUUAUUCAAGCUUCCUGAAAAAUAUGAAAAUUUGGGCGAGUUUUUUGAUAGCUUGGAUAGUUCGAUUCGGUUGUUGCGAUUGAAAGGGGCGAUGACUUCGUUCACUAAUAUCAGGCCAAAGAUUGAAACUUUAACUGAUCGGAGGUUUACAUAUGGUCAUUUGGCGCAGUUGAAGUUUAUCUUACCUGAGGCAAUUGCUAUUAAGAAGUUAUUGGUAUUUGAUGAAAGAACUAGUUGUAUGAAGCCGGAUCUUCAUGUUGCUAUAAACCCUGAUGCAGUAGAGUUUGAUGCUAAGCUGUUAUCUGAAUCUGGGACUAUGUCUCUGAGGAAGUUAUUUCGUGUACGGCUCAAAGAUUUUUGGGAAUCUCAUCCAAAGGGUGAUGAAAUUCCAGAGGAAAUACUGCCUGAGCCAUUCAGUCGCCCAAAGCAAGAUCCUCCUUUACACAUCUUCAAAACUCCAUUAACAUUCUCUGCAGUGAAAUUGUCAACUAGUGACAAUGCAGUUAAUACAGACCCUGAUGUCUCAUUGCCAAAUGAUACAUCAUUUGAAACUCUUAACCAGCAGCCAGCACUUGCCUCUCAUAUGCCUCAAUCUUUCAGAAGACGGUUUUCUCAGAGAGUGAAGGAAAGUGUACACCCAAAGUUACCAUCAGAUUCCUUCCAACCUUCGGCUGUCACAUCUACAGAGUCAAGCUUGAAGAUAAAUUCCGCAUCCGGUGUCUCUUUAUCCCAUCAGAAGACAUCCCCAUCUGAGCUUAUUUCAGAAGCACCCAGCAGUGAAGCUUGUCCUACACCAUCCAUUGCUAUCCCAGCUACACCUAGUAAAACCAUCGAGGGUACAGAUAGUAAAACCAUUGAGGGUACGGAUGGCAAAGGUGAAUCUGUCAAAAGUGUUGAAGCUAUGUCAACCCCAUUAAGAUGUCUGUCAACUCCAAUCAGGCUGAUGUCAGCCACUCCUGCGUUGAAGCCACCUAAAAGGUGUUUAAUGACCCCGGAAAACAACUCUACAAGCUCACCAGACAAGUUGGUUAAGCGCCCACCUCGAUCAAGGUCAUUGAAAUUUGACACUCCAGUGAAAAAUGAAAAUGAUGCUAGCAGUUUGUCAACUGUUGAUGACAUUUUUGAUAUCCUACCAGAUACUCUUCUCCAUUCGAUUAGGGAAAAAGAAAUAAUGGCAAUAGAGGAACGGGAUCCAGCUAUUUCACAAGCUAAGAAGCGCAAGAAAAUUAUUGCCAGUCUUCCCAAGCUCUUCAACAUGAUUCACAUGAUGUUUCAAUCGAGAAACCGGUCUGUAAUCACAAAAGAUGAGCUGAUAAACACGUUAAUCUCAAGCCACUCUGAUAUUGUUGAUAGAAGAGAAGUUGAAGAACAGUUCCAUCUGUUGUUAGAAUUAGUUCCUGAAUGGAUUUCUGAGAGGUUGGCUUCUAGUGGAACUAUGCUGCUAGUCUCUGUGAAUAAAAUGUUGAGCCCUGAAUCAAUAAGAGCAUCACUUGAAGAAGCAAAAUGA